CGCUGCAGAGACGACAGGUCAGCUGGAACGUGGUCUGUUGUUGGCUGUUGGAUGGUAACACCUGAUGACACGAAGGUGAACUCUGUAGACCGCGUCCCAGUGGGCCUGGACGUUUAAUUAGGCCAUUAUUUCUCAUUUCCCUUACUUUUUUCUUUGAGUACACUUCAAUGAAACGCGUCCACGUUUUCUGCUCCGCAGUUACUUGUCGUGUUAACAUGCCACUGCAGAUGUUUGCUGUUCAUAUAUCAACACGUCUUUCCAUCUGUGUCGCAUUAAAGCUUGAUUAACAGCAGCUGUGCUUCACAGAGGCAGGGCGGCAGGCCGACUCACUUUCUCUGACUGAGAGAAAAAAGACUUUGUGGGCACGGGGUCAGAGGGACCUCCGUCAACCCAUGAAGGGUCAUGUGAUGCUUCUUGGAGGUUACGUGGCAUUAACCUGGGGUUCGGCGUUGCCCCCUUCAGGAUCAGCCCGUUGCUAGUUGUUCUGUGAUUGGCUGACUGCUGACAUCAGUAUCGAGAUGGCCCACCUCUUCCUCGCCAGUAAGAUCACCAUGUCGGACGACCUCCACAGCAAAGGCGGUCCCAGGAUCCCCAGGAGUGCGCUGAAGACGCCGAAAUCGAUCUCUUCUGAGAAGCUGAUACGGGACAAGCCCAGGAAGGACCAAAGCGUCAUUGUGACGACUCAUGUCCCGCACGUCAACGAGAUCCAGCUGAUGGCGGCCACCGGCGGUGCUGAGAUGUCCUGCCAACGCUGCACUGUGCCGUUUGGCGUGGUCGUCCUCAUCGCCGGCAUUGUGGUGACAGCGGUGGCGUACACCUUCAACUCUCACGGGUCCACCAUCUCGGUGCUGGGACUGGUGCUGCUGUCUGCUGGACUGGGACUGCUGGGCUCCAGCGCUGUCUGCUGGAGGGUUCGAUUGAGGAAGAAGAGGGACAAACGGAGGGAGAGCCAGACCGCCCUCAUGGCCAGCCAGGGUUACUAUGUGGCCUGACCACCGUCCAGAAAAAACACCUAUUCGGACCUUUAGACAUUCGAAACACGAGUUCAAGCUUGAGCUCUGGAGAUCUGUACAGUCCAGAUGAAAAACUCCAGGGAGACAGUGAACCUGAACACACCAGACUAACAAUGCAAAGUCUAACAGGGCAGGAAUUGGUAAACUUUGCAAAUUUAGUGCCAUCAGGUUUACAAACUGUAGAGAGAUGGACCUCGGGCUCGUUGGCCCGGAGGCUCUCAUCCACCUGAGGCGAUGAUAAGGAUGAGAGGAUGAUGUGUUGCAGCCUGGACAGAUGGCAGCCUGCAGUUUGAGUUCAGAAACUAACUACUCCACACUGCAAGUUCUGGACGAUGGACGAGGGCUAAACUUUCUUUAACAAAGCCCGAGCACUGAGAAAAUGAGUUUAAUAGUCAACGGAAAAUUAAUCACCAACAAUUUUGGCAAUCGAUCGGUCAUUUAUGUCACUUAUGAAGCAAAAGUGCCAAACAUUGUGUGGUUCCAGCUUCUCAAAUUUCAUCCAUUUCUCUGUUUUGGGUCAUUGCGGUUUUGGACUGUUCUGCUGAGAAACUUCGACGGAGCCCCACGGGGGUCAUAUGGUAGAAAGAAAAUAUUGCUGUGGUUUAAGUAAAGUAUCUGUUGGUCAGAAUAAAAAGAGGGAAUUAGAAUUCUUUUUAAAAACAGAUUUUAACUGAUAUAACGCAGCUUCUAAUUGUCAUAGCAGCUAAAUGAAGCAGAGACUAAUAAUCGGUGUCAGAAAACAGCAAGAAUAGCCAUAAUUCAGCUUUAAAUGCCCACAACCAUUAAUUUCAUUCAUUUUAAAUAAAAUCUAUGACACAUCGAAAUUAGGCCCCCAAUUUAUAUUCUGCUCCGAAAAGCCGAUACUUGUGUCGUGGUGUGCACCGUACAGCAGAGGACUCAUAUUUUAGUAUCCUAUCAAUUAUACAUUCCAAUAAUACAUUAAUGUACAUUACAUUAAUUAUCAAUCUCUUCUUUCAUUCAGUGGGUAAAAACAUCACUUGAUGUAACACCCUCACUGCUUUUAUUCUGAAGGUCAGAGUCUCAGAAGUCUUGUCAUUACUGUGAACACAGAGCCCAAUUUAUUGAUCCGUCUGCAUGGAUUUUUCAAAUAUUUCUCUCGACUGAAUGGUUAAUCAAUUAAUCGAAAACACAGACAACAGCGGAUUUGAUAUAGACGGUGGUUAGUUGUAGCCCUGCAAAGCUCCCUGAUGAUGUACAGUAUAUGUAAGUAAAUGCUGCUAAUAAGCUAUAAAGUUCAUUUAGAAGGUACUCUAUUGCUGACAUUUCUCUUUCCUGGACACAAUACAGGCGUCAGUUUGCCUCGUCUCUGAUCGGCCCCGUCUGUGACCUCCGUGUGCCGCCCCGUGCGAUUCGCUCGCACUGCGUUCUGUGGGCAGGAAAUAUUGGUUUCCAACGAUCCGUUGGGUCCCGAGAGUAACUUCGAAGACGCAACCCGCGGCUGAAUAACGGGGAGAAAACAGGCUCUGUGAACGAAUCGGGGGGUGAUAUACGGAGUUGUGGGGAUAUUCUUUGAUAUGCAUGCCACUUUGUAUGUUUAAACUAGUGCACUAUGAUCCAAAGUGAUGAAAAAUAACCAAAUGUCAUGUAUUCCACCAUAUUAAAUAGCUCACAUGUAGUUGUAACCGUAACUGUUGAACUGAGGGUCAAUCUGAAACUGUCUCUCUCUCUUUUACCUUACCGGUCUUAUUUAUUCUGUGUCAACAGGCAUGUAAGUGAAAUAAAUUUGUUUUAUUAAAGACAAGAGUCGAGUGCUGACCUGAC